CAGCAGACGACAAUCACCAAGGCACUUGACUUAUAUUUCCCCUGCGAGAGCUGUUGCGAGCUCUGAACUAGACCCAUGGACGCUUGAUCAACCACCCACAAUCCAUCCAUAACCCCCCGUCGCACUCGGUCUAUGUCUCCCCCGAACACAACUCCGCAAUCCGAUGCAGCCCACGACAGCCACGCCGAAAGGGAGCUAGACAAGGUGGACGACCAGCACGAUGUAGCCACGAGCAAAGAAAGCGCGCCUUCCGCAGGGCAGCCUACCGCGUCUAAAGCAACGACAGAUGACGCGAACACGGCGACCGACGCGGGGCAGCCUAGCCAUGUCGAGGCCCAAGACGAGGGGCAUGCUGGCAAGGAAGAGCCCACAGACGGGGUCGAGAAAGCACCUGAAACAUCAGAGGAGACGAAUAUCGCCCCAACAGGUCCCGGGAAACCCCAAGAGAAAGACACAGAAGCUGCACAGCCAGCAUCCACCGCGCCGAUAGAGGAGCUCACCACCAAGACAGAGAACACAACGCUGGACCGAGCAUCAACACCACCGCCUGAGCUCAGCGAGAAAUCCGCAGGCAAAGCGCCCAUACAAUCACCGUCCCCUCCUCCUCCACCACCCAAAGACGACAAAUACCUGACAACCAGCAACGUGCCCAGCCGGACCACAUCCCCAAUGUCGCAGGAACGGUCGAGUGGGAGAAACUCGGAAGAUGCUGCGGCUGAUGACUAUGGUGCGAACCAUGACGGCACGGGAGACGCGGUAGACAACUCGCAGGAGGAGAUACAGAGCAUUAUGGAUCAGUUCCAAGGGGAUGGUGGGCCUGGCGAGAACGAGAUCAUGUCGCCUAGGUUGGAAAUCGCGAACCCCAUGUUAGAAUCUCCGUCGACGCCGUACCCCCCGCGAAGAUCAAGUCUCGUGCCGCUCGACAAGCCCUUGCCCAUUCCGGCUGACGAUUCAGCUUCGACCGCCCCGCUCCAAUCACCACCUCCUCGUACAUCCUCCCUGCAUCGCGUAGGCACCGGCACGUCCUUCGCCGAACCGUCAUCGCCCAGUGCACAUGCCUCGAAGUACAAGCCAGCGCAGCCAGCACCCGAGCCCGAACCAGACCUUCCCUUCGACUUCCACCGCUUCCUUGAACAACUGCGUCACCGGACAGCAGACCCCGUCGCCAAGUUCCUGCGCUCUUUCCUGCUCGAGUUUGGAAAGAAGCAAUGGAUGGUACAUGAGCAAGUCAAGAUCAUCGGUGACUUCCUCGAAUUCAUCAGCAAGAAGAUGGCACAGUGUGAAGUUUGGCGCACCGUCUCAGACGCUGAGUUCGAUAACGCGAGAGAAGGCAUGGAGAAGCUAGUCAUGAAUCGGUUAUAUACACAAACCUUCUCGCCUGCGAUCCCUCCUCCAGAGCCGGCAUCACCCCGUAAGGGCCGACGGAGACAGGAGCCGCCUGGACCAGGCCGGAGGGGCCAGCACCAAGAGGAUGUAGAGCGGGAUGAAGUGUUAGCGCAGAAGGUGCGUAUAUACAAAUGGGUUAGCGAAGAGCAUCUGGAUAUCAAACCAGUAGGCGAGAAGGGGCGCAAAUUUCUGCAUCUCGCCCAGCAGGAGCUAUUGAAGAUCAAAAGCUACCGGGCGCCUAGGGACAAGAUCAUCUGCAUCUUGAACUGCUGCAAGGUCAUCUUUGGAUUUCUGAGGACGUCGAACUCUGAUCAAUCAGCCGAUGCUUUCGUACCACUACUCAUUUACACAGUACUUCAAGCGAACCCCGAUCAUCUCGUCUCCAAUGUACAAUACAUUCUACGGUUCCGGAAUCAGGACAAACUUGGUGGAGAAGCUGGCUACUACAUAUCAUCAUUAAUGGGCGCCAUCCAGUUUAUCGAGGGUCUCGACAAGACGUCAUUGACAGUUACCGACGAGGAUUUUGAGAAGAAUGUCGAAGCGGCCGUCUCGGCCAUCGCUGAGCGCCACGCAGCUGAAGAGGCCGAAUCUUCAUCAUCAUCCGCAUUAUUGCAUCCUACUGCGCCUAGCCACAAGCGUAUGCCAUCACCCCAUUAUCAUCACAUAGCGGAAAAGACGACACCACUGCGACCAGAGCUCACACAAAGAAACUCCAUGGAGGCGGAGACCGCAGGGCCGCGACGGUCAACAAGUCUAAAAGAUUGCAAGUCCGAAGCAGAGCAGCCAGAGGAAGAGAACGCAGCCGUCGCAGGCCUAUUGCGAACUAUACAACGGCCGCUCAGCACAAUCGGUCGCAUCUUCUCCGACAACGAUACAAACCAUCCGUCUGGACCUGCAGCGGCCCAGAAACCACAACUACCGCCACGUGCGUCAACUGAGUUUCCCGGCAACACGAGCGAGAAGCAACGCCCGUCACAUGAAGAAGACCGACAAAGGCAGAGGUUGACGGCUGAAGACGCCGCAGCGCGACAAGCUUCGGCUGAAGCAGAGGAAGCGAGGCGCAUACAACGGCAGGAACACAAGGUUGUAGUCGAGACGCUGACGGGCAUGUUCCCCCAACUGGACAGGGAUGUCAUCGACGAUGUCGUGCGGCAGAAAGAGGGCCGGGUCGGUCUUGCAGUUGACGCAUGUUUAGCAUUAGCGAAUCCUUGAUAGACUUAUUCAUCUUUUCGGUCGAGUUCUUGGAGAAACUUGGCCUUUCUAUAGUGAACCAAGAGCUACUUUACGUUGCGUCAUCUACAUUA